CUAUGUUUCAGUUUGUUAUCUUUCCAUGCUAAAUUUUUCGCUUUUUUCAUUAUCUUCCUCGUUUUUUCACCUCCUCUAUUGAAAUCUGGUAGAAUUCUUCACUUUAUGUUGGUUCUCGUGCGUGUCUGUGCCGUGUCCGUAAAUCUUCUUGAAGACCAGAAAUUUCACCUUGUGUUCGUCUAAUUAAGUAACUGGAAGCAUCAUGGAACAAAUUCCCCCAACAGAACAUGCUGAAUUGACAAAAGAGAUAACAAGUCACAUCGAGGGUGCAGUAAAUGAAAAAAAAAUUGAUGAGGCAUCAGCUACAACAAUAUUACCAUUAAUGUCUGCCGAAAGAUCCAUACUUCAAAGGGAUUCGGUCAAUAACGAAAACUAUAAAAUUUUAACAAUUCAAGAGAGAAUGGACAUACUUCUUAGGAACGCUGAGAAAGGAAAUGAAAAAACAAAUUCCAAAAGUAAUAGUGGUCGCAAGUGUGGUGCUGAUAAUUCGGCGGAAAAAUUGAAACGAAAGAUUGAUUCGGAAUCGAAUUCGUCAGUUGAAGAUACCAAGGUUCAAUCAGCUGGUGUCAGUCCCAACCAAAAACGAGAUAAUUCUGAAGACUGCAACCCAGUGCUUGCGAAGAAAGGGAAGGUCUCAGAACCUAUUGAUUUGAGCGCUGUUGCCGCUAAAAAUGACACUGCAUUGAAAUGUAUAACUCAAUGCGAAAAAAACGAACCAACUGCAGAAGACAAAUGCGGAAUAUCAAAUACAAUAAACAACCUGGUUAAAGAUAAUCCCGAAAAGCAAACCACUGAAAGCAAAAUCUGUUUGCCUAAAAUAAGUAGAGAAAAUUUAAUAAAGGACACAAAGAGACGUAUACAACGAGUCUAUGAAUUAAACAAGAAAUUGUUCAAACAACUAGAAGAGAAUGAUGAAAAGUGUGAAAAAGGUAUGGGAUAUUUUGAAUCUGGGUUAUACAUGGCAACUAAAUGUCAAAAGAAGCAUGAUCUAAAGGAAGGAAAAUCUCCAUGUACCUGCUGCCAGGAAGGUACCUCCAAAGCUUCGAAUGGGAGCAAUAAAGAAGUAGAAACAUCUUCCAGUAACAAAGCUGAGGCCGCUUCCUCAGCUGAACAAACUGCAGAUGAAGUUAAUACAACAGGCAAAUUGCCAAUUGCAGAAUUUUGGAAAAAUUUAUUGGAGGAAGGAAAACGAAGGCGUGAAAAUGCUGGCUUGUUAGAUAAAUUAGUAACGCAAGCAGCGAGGCCUCCACCCACCUUCAAUACAAAGGAAGAAAUUUCUGCAUUCCUGGAGAGUUUAUUGCGAAGCAAUCGCACACGUUCAAAUAACAAACCUGCGCCAGAAGACCGAGCUCCUGAUGCAAACAUUUCAGUUACAUCCGAAAAAGAAGCUUACAGGAAAUUCGUUGAAUCUGAAUUCAAAAGACUGAAGGGAUUAGAUGACAGUAAUAAUGGAACAAAACCACUGGAUGGAAAUAAUUCCUCGGAGUGUAUAUCUGAAAUGGAUACACAAUCAAGUACUACAACUUCGAGUGGUGAGAAGAGCUUUUCAAUAAAACAAGAUAUAACUGCAACAAAAUCGAAGGAUUCGGAAAAUAAAACUAUGACUAUUACAACCGGGUGUAUUACAAGAGAAGGAAUUACAGUUACUCGUAAAAAUGUAAGGGCAAUUCCAUUCCAAAUAUAUUCGUACGAUGAAAAUGGUUUGAUCUGCAUCGAAGAUGCAAAAUUCGAAGGCCUUCAUUUUCAAUCUACAUCAUCAGAAGAUGUAAAAAUUGAAAAUAUGACAGUCGUGGAAGAUUGUUCUUCAAAUACCGUGGAACGUUCAGCUAUGAAUCUUUUGGCCAAAGAUGCUGCAAAAUCGAUUCCUGAACUUGUCGAUGAAGCGAAAUCGGAACAUGAAAAAAGAAAUGAAGACGUCGAAUAUGGAAAGAUAACUGUCGUAGAGGAUUCUUCAGUGAACGCUGACGGAAAUUCAGAUGAGCAGCCUUCGACGAACGAUAAUUCAAAUUCAAAUUCUCAGAGUAUUGCUGAAACAACAUCAAAUGGUCUUUAUUUCGAUUCUUCAUCAGAAGAUGAAAAAAAAGAUGUUGUUACUGAAGAAACUACAUCAAAACAGAUUAAUAAGAAUCAAGAUGUGGAGAAUGGGAAGUUAACUGUCGUAGAUGAUGCUGAAGGAAAUUCAGAUAAGCAACCUUUGACAAAAUCAAUUCUUGGGAAUACUGCUGAAGCGACAUCAGAAGAUCUAUAUUUCGAUUCAUCAGAAGAGGAAAAAGAUGUGAUCAAUGAAAUGACAGUCGCAGAAGAUACUUCUUCAGUUAAUGCUGAAGGAAAUUCAGAUAAGCAACCUUUGACAAAAUCAAUUCCUAAGAGUACUCCUGAAGCGACAUCAGAAGAUCUACAUUUCGAUUCAUCAGAAGUGGAAACAAAAGAUGUGGUAAUCAAUGAAAUGACAAUCACAGAAGAUACUUCUUCAGUUAAUGCUGAAGGAAAUUCAGAUAAGCAACCUUUAACAAAAUCAAUUCCUGAGGGUACUCCUGAAGCGACAUCAGAAGAUCUAUAUUUCGAUUCAUCAGAAGUGGAAACAAAAGAUGUGGUGAUCAAUGAAAUGACAGUCACAGAAGAUACUUCUUCAGUUAAUGCUGAAGGAAAUUCAGAUAAGCAACCUUUAACAAGAUCAAUUUCUGAGAAUACUCCUGAAGCGACAUCAGAAGAUCUAUAUUUCGAUUCAUCAGAAGUGGAAACAAAAGAUGUGGUGAUCAAUGAAAUGACAGUCACAGAAGAUACUUCUUCAGUUAAUGCUGAAGGAAAUUCAGAUAAGCAACCUUUAACAAGAUCAAUUCCUGAGAAUACUCCUGAAGCGACAUCAGAAGAUCUAUAUUUCGAUUCAUCAGAAGUGGAAACAAAAGAUGUGGUAAUCAAUGAAAUGACAGUCACAGAAGAUACUUCAGUUGACACUGUUGAAUUCUCGGACAAAAAGUCUUCUUUGAAAUCGAUUUCGGAGCUUAUUUCUGAUGCAAAAGAAAAGGAUCUCUAUUUCGAUUCUUCAUCAGAAGAUCUAACUUUGACAUAUGAGAAUGAAUGGGGGGAUUAUGGGAAAAUUGCAACUGUGAGAGUUGAAGGAAAUUCUUCAGUAGAUACACAUUCUCUAAGCAAAGACGAUCCAAAAACGCUUCCUGUGCUCAUUGCUGAAGCAAAAUCAAAUAACCUAUACUUUGAUUCUUCAUCCGAAGAAGAAGAAGCAACCACAAAACAAGUUGAACAGGGCCCAAUUCCAGAGGAGCCAACCUCUUCGAAUUCUCAAGAAAUAUCAGACUCUCAAGAGCAAGUUCUAAUUAAGGGUGGAGACACGAAACAAGUUAAACAGGGCCCAAUUCCAGAGGAGCCGACUUCUUCGAAUUCUCGUAGAAUAUCAUGCUAUCAUGGAGUUGAACAGGACCGAAUUCCAGAGGAGCAAAUUUCUUCGAAUACUUAUGAAGUAUCAUACUAUCAAGAGCAAAUUGUAAUUGAGGGUGGAGACACAAAACAAGUUGAACAGAACCCAAUUCCAGAGGAGCAAACUUCUUCGAAUUCUCAAGAAAUAUCAUACUUUCAAGAGCAAGUUCUAAUUGAGGGUGGAGACGAGGAGGAGGGGCAGUCAACCUGUGACUCAGAAGGACGUUUAGUAAUAGACAUUCAAAACUCAGAUGAUGCCCAGCAGCCUCACCAGGAGGAAUCAUGCGUUAUGGAAGAAAAUUCAGAACAACCUGUAGAGGCAAGUUCAACAGAAAACUCAACCCCUUCAGAAAUUCACAUAGCAGAAGAAUCUCAAAUUUUUGAGGAAACUAUUCCGUGUUUCGAAUACGAUCCAAAGAUCUCUACAUUCUCCACUUCACAACUCAAAUUGAUCAGGGACCUUUUGAACGACGUUGAUCUAUUCUCUCGAGCUGCAAUGGCCGUACUAAAAGCAGAAUCAAUGCCUGUAGUUCCAAAUAUCAGGUUCAGAAUACCGUCCCCACCAGCAGUCGAACCAACACUCCCAGAAAACGUGAGGGCUAUGCACGAACAGCGGGGUGAUAUUAAAAAAGAAGUAGCUACAUCUUCAACAGAACGGACGUCAUCAACUGUUCCCCCCUCAAUCAGUGAAGAGCCAGAUGAAGCAACACCUUCAACGAGUACUGCAGGACAAUCCUCUGCCCGUAGGACACGACCAUUCCACCUACUGAAGGAUGUAGGAAUUACCAAACCAGAUUCAACAGUGAAAUCUGCAGAAGACGAAGACAGCCUAGUUCGCCAAUUAUUGAAUAGACCAUCAUUAUACACUUAUCCUCCGGAAACAGCAGACGUGAUUAUGCAGUUGAUGCUCCAAUAUGGUGAAAUGAAACUUUGUUUUCAAGACCCGGAUGAUAUACCACAAUAUAACGAAGCAGUACCUGAAGGGCCAUACUCUGAGGAAAUACCAGGCCAAGAAGAUGAGCCAAUGGACACAGAGAUUCUACCAAACAGACGACGUGGAAUCGUAUAUCCAGCAGAAAUUCCAAUUCCACCCGAGCCAGUGCCCAUACCAGAUCCAAAUGAUGAUGAUAGGGAACCACAGGAAAAUCAAGAUCCUGCACCAGAAGGUGAAUCGCCUCCUGAUGCAGAACCUACACCAGCACCUCAGCCCACUCCCGAACCUCAAGAACAACAGCCCGCACAGGACCCAGACGAACAGUCUGCUCCCGGGCAAGAAGAGCAGCCCGCACAGGAACCAGAAGAGCAAUCUGCUCCCGAGCAAGAAGAACAACCUGCUUCAGAAGCAACAAUGAAUCCUUCCUCCAAUACGGUAGACUCCGUCAUCGAUGAUUCAUCAGAACCUCUAAGUACGAAUCAUCCGAUGUUUGAAGAAUCUCCACCAACACCAUUAUUUGGAAAUAAUGAUGAAUCCAUCCCAAUAACGAGGGAUCAUGAUCAAGAUCUUGCAGGACAAAGUAUUUUUGAUCGAACACAGCAAAUUGAGGUUAAUAUGCCAAUAGACCAGAAUCACAUUUCACCACAGUCCAAUCACGGAGUUGAGCCAGUGCUCUCUUGUAAUCCAGCAGCAUCAUUUUCUUCAUGUCAAUCACAACAGGUUAGCGUUAUAAGGAAUAUGAACCAACGUCAUAUUCAUAAUCAGGAAGCUACAACAGAUCCCGAAAGUCCUGAACGACCCACGCCACCUCCUCUACCAGAAACAGAGUGGCCGUAUCCAAACUCAGGUAACGAUGAUCGAAAUACACCUCCAUGCGCCCAAAGACCAAAUGAUUCAACAACAGAUCAAAAUAUGCGAUUAGAUUGUCGGGAAACCUGGCCACAACUCGUAGCUACAGACGAAAGGAUGUCGCUUACUGAUAGUAAUCAAUCAGCGCCGUGUCCUUCAAAUCAGCCACCUCAAACUUGCUUUAUAAAGGAAAUGAACCAACGUCAUAUUUCAACACAUCGCAACCAAGAAUCUGCACCAGUACUGGCCACUGUAGCAGACCCUGAGAAUCCAGAACAACCCAUACCGCCCCCAGAGCCAGAGAACGAUAAUCGAAAUGCACCUCCAAGAGCCCAAGGACAAAUAGACUCAACAUCAAAUCAAAGAAAUCUCGGGCCACAAUUUGUAGUUACAGAAGAAAGUAUGCCAGUUUCUCAAGAUCAAAGUCAGCCGUCCUGUGAUCAAGAGGCUGAACAGAUGUUUACCAAUGCGACAUACCCCAAUAGUCCUGAAAAUAAACCAAUACCUCGAAGUCCAGAACGCCAACCUCAGCCAAGGCCAAUGCCCCCACGACCAACUGCAGAUAACCGAGAACCACGAAGAGCACAAUUGCAAUCAGCCCCAGAUCAAAGUGAUAGUAUUCAAUGUAUAUAUUCCGAUGGUCAACCUAUAAAAUCGUUACAAGAUAAUGAGCAUGAGGAAUCUUCACAACCUUCGAGCUCCACAUCAUCUGAUCCCCUCGUCGGAUUGCCGCCCAGAAAUACGCCAAGUCAAAGUACCAACGUAUUGAUAAGUGUACUCUGUGAUAACAGACGUCGAACUAGAUCCCUCAGUGAACCUUCAUCACCUAAAUUCAGACCAAUUUACCAUCCAGGCACAAACAAUGAAUAUGGAUCAGUGCUCUUCACAGAGGAAGGUCCAAAAAAUAACCUUCAAAAAGCUAUAAAUCAACCUCGCACACAAUUAAUCACUGCUUCAAGUCAGAAUGAUCAAGAUCAGCAUAUAGAUAUUGAAAUGCCAUUUGAGUCGAAAACAGACGAGGAAACUCAGAAUAUUUUGCAACUACCAGCUGCUUCUUGUCCAUCGCCAGAAGUAAUUGUUGAAAGUAUACCAUCUGAGUCAGGCGACCAAGAAGAAUUGAGUAUUCCUAAGUACUCUGAAUCAAAACAGAAGAAGAAUCAAGAUCAGCCAUCGAAAGAUACAGAAGUACGCAGCGUAAUCGGUAUCAUAUCUUGUAAUCAAACCUCUGGUGAUGGAGAGACGACUCAGAGUGGUGAACGUUCCACCAAUCAGGGUGAACAACAAGAAACACCACAAGAAUCAACUGUAUCGCAAGGGUCCUCCAAAGCGGUAGCAAGUUCAAGCAGUAACGCACCUACAAGUAAUCAAAACGCAGGAGAGUCAGGAUCAGAUGAUGAAGAUGAAAACUCCCGGAAAAGAUCAAGGCCAAAAUCCGUCGAACCACCAACUGGUUCCCCUGAGUUGGAGUGUGAGGAAAAGCUCACGGAAUCGGAAGAUAGUUGCUCAAUGAGUGUAUCAGGGGUAAGUCGGGGAGUAUUGAGAGGACGUUCCAAAUCUGACGAUAGUAGUCCUAGAACAGUAGGAGAUGCAAGCUCUGGGUCUCGUUUCUCCUAUGAAAAUAGACUGAGUUCUAGGUCCGAGCAGUUUUUGAACGAGUGCAGUUCAGAAUCCAGUAGUCCAGAAUACUUGACACCAACUCAUGCUUUACCAAGAACAACAUCAACAUUUCAAGGUUGUGCUCAAAGCUUGAGUGCUCGUAUUGAUGAGGAAAGUCAUGAAGCCAGUACAUCCGUCCAGAGCAGUAACGCAGGACAAGAUGAAGGAGUUCAAUCAGACCCUCAACCAAGACCGUCUACUUCGAAACGUAGAGAAGCGCCAACUCCAGAGGUUCCAGAAGACGGUCCCAAUAAGGUAUUGGUAACAGAAGCCGGCACUAGCAGAAGGAUCUCCGAAUCCAACGAGGCUGAAGCGGCCGUUGUUCAAGCUCCACAGAAUGUUGAGAUAGGUGGAAGACCCGCUAGAAUAACUCACAGAAGGAGACCAGUACCUAGCGAAUCAGACAGUGAGCCCAGUAGACGCGAAUCUAUUUUCAGUGAAUCAGGAAUCAGUGGGAUCGAGGACACCCCUGAAGAUGAUGAGAGUUCAGAUCUUACAGACGAAUAUGCGUAUUCCGAGAGAUUGCAUACGUUCCAAGCGGCUCAGGUCCAGGAAGGCAAUCAAUAUGAAGGUGUUGGAGAAGCUUCUGCACCAGAUGAAGGAGAACCGUCAAGUACCACAAAUGAACCACCUAUUGGUCCGUCAGCGAGUCUGAAUAGAGACGACCAACUCUUCGAUUCUUGUUCUUCCCAUUCAACAGUAGUGCCGAAAGAUUCCUCCAGCUCGGCAAAAUCCAGUGACAACACCUUGAGUUCUAACUCGACUGAAGACCUAGAAGUACCGGAACCUGGUCCACGACAACCGCCAUCUUUGAGGGAUCUCGGUUUACCGCAAGAUGCCGAUAUUCAAAUUGAGACAAUGUUCUAUCGUAGACGCUCAACGCCUGAUCCAAUGGUUGAGGUGUUCGAGAUAGUAGCUGCUCCUCAGACUGAAAAAAGGAAAAGAUCCAGUCCUUCCGAUGAGGCAGAGGCUAAAAAAAUCAAGACUGAAGAAGCUUCUGAUCAACAAAGUGAGCCGUCAGAAGUCGAUCAAGAUGGUGAUGUGCCCAUGAUCGAAAUCAGUCCAGAAGUUUCUGACUCUGACAGAGAAGUUGAAUCUAUUAUGGCUGCACAGAGAUGCAAUGAAAGCACGAGGAAUACUGAUCAGGGGACAUCUCAUUCACACAGUAGACAGAUAACUAUCCUCCUUCCUUCCGACAACAUAGGGCUUACCCGAGUUAUAGUAUAUCCACCAAAACUGAAAAUAUCCAGUUUCGUUCCUUACGUUGCGCCUAAAAAACCUGGCGAAUCAUCUCCGAAGACGGACGAUUCCAAAUCGUCAAAAGGAAAGGCUCCAAGCGAUGCUAAUGCAUCGUCAUCAACUUCGUCUAGACGAUCAACUGGUCUUCCUAAACAAGACAGUUCUUCGGGCACUAGACGAGCGAGCUUGCGGCCAAAGCAAGGAAACAAAGAAACCACUGAGUCGGGAAGUCAGAGACGAGCAAGCUUCGGAGCAUCUUUACAGGGCAAUACUGGGACUGCGAAGAAAGAUAACCCGAAAACUCAACAGACACCGGGUUCCGAAUUGAAACCGGUUACUAGAAGCAGUGCGAAAACCUCUGAUGCGUCGAAGACCUCUAAUGCGUCGAAAACCUCUGAUGCAUCGAAGACCUCUAAUGCGUCGAAAACCUCCGAUGCGUCGAAGACCUCUAAUGCGUCGAAAACCUCUGAAGCAUCGAAGACCUCUAAUGCGUCGAAAACCUCUGAUGCGUCGAAGACCUCUAAUGCGUCGAAAACAUCUAAUAGUCAAACUUCCUCAGCCCCUAAGGCUGCUUCGACAGUGAAGAAAAAUACUUCAGAUUCAAAGAAUCAGGCCGGCAAGUGCAAGGAACCGACUUCGAGAAGAACUCAACGUGACGAUCAAGAUGAUCCAGAUUCGUCGACUUCAAAGAGAAACUUAAGAAUGGCUAAAUCACCAAGAAGAAAUGCAAUUUCCAGGAGAUAAAGGCUAGUCUUCAUUUUAUUUCAUAUCAUUUUCUCGUUUAUUGUGUGUGUGACUGUUUUUGUUUUAUGUUAUUGUUAUAUGUUAUUUUUAUUUCAUGAUUGAUCAAUGAAACGAAUUUUAUAUUUGACAGUUCUUUAUUACAAAAAUGUAGUGAUGAAUUUUUUGAUACAUUUCUGCGAAACUGUCACAAUUUUUUUGAACCAAACUAUUUGUAAGUUUCGAUCGAAGAAAUAAAUAUUAAAAAAUUAUUAUAUUCUAAAUCUAUAAAUAUUCUAUGUACAUUAUUUCGUGUAUGAAUCCCGAAAAUACUGAUAUACAAAGUGAAGAAUAUAAUUUUAGAAAUCUC